AUGACAUAUUCUCAGGAUGGCAAAUUGCUUGCGGCUGCCUCUUAUAAAGAAAGAGAAUUUGAAGUACCAAUGUUUCUUUUUGAUGUUAUGGAUAACAAUUUGAAGAAUAAGUUAUAGGGACACAAAGCAACUAUUGCAAGUCUACACCUACUGUUCUAAAUAUUAACGUGUCAGGAGUUGUUGGCGGAAAAAUAUUAUUUUUGUAUAUUGAGUAUCCUGAAGCUGAUAAAAUUGUGUAUGUAAUAGAUGAAUAUAAAAGCACCAUUCAUUCCCUAACUAUUUCUCAAUAGGAAGUAUUUAUAUUUGAAACCUACAUUAAUAAUUCUUUUUUAAAAUGGAAUCUUGGGAACAUUGAAAAAAAACAAAGAGGAAAAACUAUAACUUUCUAUAAAUUCCGAAUAAUCUAGUUUUAUUUCGAAUGAUUAGUUUGUGUAUUUUGAUUUAGAAUAACAUAAAUUAACUUUUCUAAAUAUCGAAUAGUGUUUUGAAGAAAAAUUAUAAAUUUAUAAACUUCAAAAGAUGGAUGCCUAAUUUUGUGUUUGCAAAAAAAUAAAAAUCUGAGGAAGAAUGAAGCAAAAUAUUAUGUUAUUAAAAAAACCAGGAUAACUAAUGGUAUAAAAAAUAGAUAUUUGCAGCAUAAACAGAUUAUUUGUUACUUUACAUUAGCUUCUGCUAGUGAUGAUAACUCUAUCCGUCUAUGGGAUGUCAAAACAGGAUAAUAAAAAGCCAAAUUAGAUGGUCAUAGUAAUUUAGUUAUGUCAGUCUGUUUCUCUCCUGAUGGAAAUACAUUAGCUUCUGGUAGUGGUGAUUACUCUAUCCGUCUUUGGGAUGUCAAAACAGGAUAAUAAAAAGCCAAAUUAGAUGGUCAUAGUAACUAUGUUAUGUCAGUCUGUUUCUCUCCUGAUGGAAAUACAUUAGCUUCUGGUAGUGAUGAUAAGUCUAUCCGUCUAUGGGAUGUCAAAACAGGAUAAUAAAAAGCCAAAUUAGAUGGUCAU